UUUCGUUUGUUAAUGUGGUCGCACUGCGCAAAUGUCAACGGCAUGACAAAUAAACAAUUCGUACAUGUGCUUCGAAAGUUUUAAAUUGGUUGAUCGAAGAUGGUGCGUAAACUUAAGUUCCACGAGCAGAAGCUGCUCAAGAAAGUCGACUUUAUAUCAUGGGAGGUCGACAACAACUUGCACGAGGUCAAAGUUAUGAAAAAAUACUACAUUCAAAAAAGAGAGGACUAUACUAAAUACAAUAAAUUAGCCAGAAAUAUUAGGGAAGUUGCUAGGAAAAUUAAGGAGGUUGACCAAAAACACCCUUUCAGGACAGAAAGUAGUGCACAAUUAUUAGAAAAAUUAUAUUUAAUGGGAUUAAUACCUACAAGGUGGGAUUUAAGUUUAGCUGAAAAAGUCACUGCUUCAUGUUUCUGUAGGAGGAGAUUGCCAGUAGUGAUGGUACGAAAUAAAAUGUCAGAAAGUAUUAAAGGUGCUGUAAAGCUCAUAGAACAGGGCCAUGUAAGAAUAGGGCCUGAACUUGUUAAGGAUCCAGCGUUGUUAGUAACAAGGACUUUAGAAGACUUUGUAACUUGGGUAGAUAGUUCUAAGAUUAAACAACACGUUUUAGAAUACAAUGGAAUGAGAGACGACUUUGUUUUAUAAUGUUUUAAGAUGUAUAAAAAUAAUAAAUAUUUAAACAGUAUAAAA